GUUUGUAAGAACCUUCCCCCUUUUUGUCUUCUAAACGGGGCACUUCCUCAAACUGCUGAUACAUAAAGCCGUGCUGAGGUGACCCACUUUCAAACGGAGAUCGCAGCGGUUCUGCAGAGGCGUCUUGAGGAUUUUCCCAAAUUCACUUUAAGGAUGUAUGUCUGCGAGAGAGUGCUGUUGCUGCUGCUGGGGUCUGCAGUGACCCUUUCUUUGGAUCCCAUCUCUCUGGACUCAGAAUGGGAGAGCUGGAAGACCACUCACAGGAAGGAGUACAAUGGCCUGAAUGAGGAGGCUAUUCGCAGAGCAGUCUGGGAGAAGAACAUGCGGCUGAUCGAGGCCCAUAAUCAGGAGUAUGAGCUGGGCAUUCACUCAUAUGAGCUAGGCAUGAACCACCUCGGAGACAUGACAGUAGAAGAGGUGGCUGAGAAGCUGAUGGGCCUACAGGUGCCAAUGGAGAGCGACCCCAUGAACACUUAUGUUCCUGAUGAACCAGUGGAGAGACUGCCCAAAUCCAUUGAUUACCGCAAACUUGGCUAUGUGACUCCUAUCAGGAACCAGGGCUCAUGUGGUUCCUGCUGGGCCUUCAGCUCUGUCGGUGCUUUGGAGGGCCAACUGAUGAAGACCACAGGCAAGCUGGUGGAGCUCAGCCCCCAGAACCUGGUGGAUUGUGUGUCUGAGAAUGAUGGCUGUGGUGGUGGAUACAUGACCAAUGCUUUUGCCUAUGUCAGGGACAAUAGAGGCAUUGAUUCUGAGGAGACCUAUCCAUAUGUGGGACAGGACCAGCAGUGUGCUUACAACAAGUCUGGGAAAGCAGGAGAGUGCCGAAGUUUUAAGGAAGUGCAAAAAGGCAGCGAGAGGGCACUGACAUCCGCUGUGGCUAAAGUUGGUCCAGUUUCUGUCGGCAUUGAUGCCAUGCAGACAACGUUCCAGUUUUACAAGCGUGGUGUGUAUUAUGACCCCAACUGUGACAAGGAAAACAUCAACCAUGCUGUGCUGGCUGUGGGCUACGGUGCCACAGCUAAGGGCAAAAAGUACUGGAUUGUCAAAAACAGCUGGGGUGAGGAAUGGGGAAAGCAGGGGUACGUCUUGAUGGCCCGUAACCGCAACAACGCCUGUGGUAUUGCCAACCUUGCCAGUUUUCCAGUCAUGUAACAAUUUCUAAUCAUGUUUGAUGAAUUGAAAAAAAAAAAAAAACUGAAACCAAAGAACAAACCACUGACACUAAGAAAUGACAUGUGGGACGGAAUCUCUUUUCUAGCCUUAAAUGCACUGUUGAUGGUUUUGAGUACGUAGGAAAACAUUCUGUCAAAAAAUAUUUUCAAAAUGAUUUAUUCCAUUAAUAAAUAGUAUUCUCUGUUUAAAUAUCUCUGAUAUGGGAUGUUCCUGUAAACUGUUAAAGAUGCUUUGUGCAAUAUGUUGCAUUUGUCAGAGUUUUACUCUUGGGUGUGUAGCCAGGUACACUUUUCUGUGAAUGAAUACAUUCCUCUGGUAGGGAUUUAAUAUUUUGUCAUGUAUGGUUUAACAAAGGGAAUUUUUGACUAAAUGAAAUAAACUUUCUGAAAAUA